AUGAAGCGGUCACGACAUCAACAGACAAUUGUCAUUAAACUGGGGACGAGCUCCAUCGUGGACGAGAAGACUCAUGAGCCUCUUCUGCCCAUUCUUACCUUGAUUGUGGACACUGCAUUCAAGCUGAGAAAGAAUGGCCACAGAGUUGUCAUCGUCUCCUCCGGAGCUAUUGGCGUCGGCCUCCAAAGAAUGGAGGUCGACAAGCGCCCCAAGCAUCUCGCUCAACUCCAGGCUCUGGCAGCCAUUGGACAGUGCCGUCUGAUGAGCCUAUGGGACAGCCUGUUUGGUCAUUUGUCACAGCCAAUUGCUCAGAUUCUCUUGACUAGAAAUGACAUUGCAGAUCGUACACGAUAUCUGAAUGCUCAGAAUACAGUCAACACACUUUUGGACAUGGGAGUCAUUCCCAUUGUCAACGAGAACGAUACCCUUGCUGUUUCUGAAAUUAAAUUUGGCGACAACGAUACCCUCUCGGCAAUCACUGCGGCCAUGGUUCACGCUGAUCUCUUGUUCCUCAUGACAGACGUUGACUGUCUGUACGACAAGAACCCGCGAACAAACGCAGAUGCCAAGCCCAUUGAGAUUGUAGAGGAUUUCUCCGUUCUCGAAGCAGAUGUAUCAAGUGCCGGUUCCUCUUUGGGAACAGGUGGUAUGAGCACCAAGAUUAUCGCUGCCAAGCUGGGGACUCUGGCUGGUGUAACCACGAUAAUUACCCGGUCUUCCAAUCCGGGGAACAUCCUCGGCAUCGUGCGUUACCUGCAUACGCAAAAGGUCAGCAGCAGCUCAUCUGCAUCUGACUCUGAUGACCAGCGGAGCCAGCAUGGCGAGCCGCCCUUGUCUCAUACCACCACCUCGUUGAACCUCAUGGACCCGUCCUCCCAUGUGGACGAUGAUGCGCCCCCUCCACUGCACACGCGGUUCCUACCUUCGAGCGACCCGAUCUCAGAUCGUUACUUCUGGUUGCUGCACACUCCCCACCCCCAUGGCACCCUGUUCAUUGAUCAAGGCUGCCACAGGGCCUUGAUGGACAAGGCUGGCUUGCUUCCCGUCGGCAUUGUUGACGUUGCGGGAAACUUUGCACAACACGAGGUGGUCCGCAUUGCCGUCGUCACCCGCAGGUCGACCCCAGGACCUGACGGACACAUGUGGGACGGGGAGCCUUUGGAGGUUGGCCGUGCCUUGGUGAACUAUGCCUCUGCGGAGAUUACGAGGAUCAUGGGACACCAGAGCACUGACAUUCAGAGCAUCCUUGGCUAUGCAGACAGCGAGUAUGUUGCUCAGCGGUCUCACAUCGGCUUCUAUAGAAAGGAUAGCCGUCCUGUGACUCCCAUCAGCGAUCUUUUCUGA